ACUUCUGUGCUAAUAUUAGGUUCUUAGGUAGGUAUUACAUAUGAUUUGAUAGCUAGUCUUAAUUCCAAUUUUCCUGACUGCAUAUUAUCUAUAGCAUAAAUUCCAUGAUUUUUUCAAUCUCACCAGCGAUCUAUAUAUGGUGACAAUCAGUUAACUUGGUUAUUUCUGGUAGAACAGUUUAUCUUGUAUUAAAGGGAAUAAUGUUAUGAAUGGAAUAAAGCAGCAGUAGCAGAUACACAAACCAAAGGCCCAAGAUGAAGAUAACCAAGCCACAAUAUCUCUAAAUGAUUCUGCGUAACCAAUUCCAACAACAGUGUUGAGUUGGCAGCUUCUCAGUGGCUAUAGAAUUAGUGGUUGUCUGCCACUUACAUAUUUCUGUUAUAAUUUGCUCCUUAUUAUUCCUUUUCUGUUAUUCCACUGGUAGUGCCAUUCUUGUUAGAACCUUUUGUCUCUAUCCAGUAGCUGCAGUGCCUAUAAGAAUGAAUGAUGUAUCGUGAUGAAGGUAGCAGAGAAAAAUAUUAGAGUUUCCUUCUUCUCUUUCUUUCUUCUUGGGAGGGUCCUAGACCUCGAAUGCUAGGAAACAUUGAGCUGAUUUUCAGUUCAUAACAAAUAAUCAAGGCAAAAUAUGGACAAGAUGCAUGUAAUGUUGGAGAUGAAGGAGGAUUUGCUCCCAGUGUUCAAGAUAACAGGGAGGGGUUUGUUUUACUCGUGGAUGCCAUUGAGAAGGCUGGUUAUACUGGCAAGAUUAAAAUUGGUAUGGAUGUUGCAGCUUCAGAGUUUUACACUAAGGAUGGGAAGUAUGAUUUGAACUUCAUGAAACAGCCAAAUGAUGGAGCUCAUGUUCACUCUACUCAGAGUCUUGGUCAACUAUAUAAAAAUUAUGUUAAAGAAUUUCCCAUUGUGUCAAUUAAGGAUCCGUUUGAUCAAGAUGAUUGGGGUUCAUGGGCUUCAUUGCUUGCUUCAGUUGAUAUUCAACUUGUAGAUGAUUUGUUAGUUACAAAUCCUAAGAGAAUAGCUGAGGCCAUCAAAAAGAAAGCUUGCAAUGGUUUGCUUCUAAAGGUUAACCAGAUUGGUACAGUGACCGAAUCUAUUCAGGCUGCACUUGACUCAAAGGCUGCAGGUUGGGGUGUAGUGGUUAGUCAUCGGAGUGGCGAGACUGAGGAUAACUUCAUUGCUGAUCUCUCUGUUGGCUUGGCCAGUGGACAGACAAAGACUGGUGCUCCUUGCCGAAGUGAGCGAUUGGCAAAGUAUAAUCAGCUUCUUCGGAUUGAAGAGGAACUUGGAAGUGUGCAAUAUGCUGGUGAAACUUUCAGAUCACCUUAGAGUGAACUCAAUUGAUCCAAAAAAUCUUAUUCUGGAAAUGAUUCUGCAUCAUAAUCAUUGUCAUCAUUGAUUUACCAAGGAAAAUCCUGAUUUUUGAUAUAGUUGCUUGCCUUCUGGGGUUUUCAGAUCUACUUGAUGAGUUAGUCUUAAGAUAUGUGUUUUGAACUGAAAUAAUUACUAUGUGAUUGGAUGAUAACUUGGGGCAGUAACAUGGUUUCGUCGGUGUAACUUUUUUUCUUUUUUUUGAAAGAACCCUACUUGUGAAUUAGUCCCUCUGCUUACGGCAAUAAGAUUUUAUACUGUGUCAUCCUUUGAAGAAGGGAGAGGUUGAGACGUUGUUGUUUGGUAGUUCAGUGUUUGUAAUGGUACUUCUCUACAUAACUUGUGAACAAUUUCCGUCUGUUACUGCUAAGCAUUAGUGAUAUAGGAUUGAAAUUUCUUACGCCUCACCCUGCGCCUAUAAAGGAAAUCGUUAAUUUUAA